AUGUCUUUUGAAACCGUUUAUAACGUUGAAUUAGAGUGUCAAAGCUGUGUUGAUUCAGUCAAGAAGGCAUUGCGUGAUGUUAAUGGAUUGACCAAAUUUGAUAUUGAUUUGAAAAAUCAAAGAGUUAUUGUGGAGGGUUUAGCACCACCAUCUUCAGUCGUCAAAGCUAUUCAAUCCACUGGUAGAGAUGCUAUUAUUAGAGGUACUGGUAAACCAAAUUCAGCAGCAGUUUCCAUUUUGGAAUCUUUUAAUGAACAAGAUAGAUUAGCCCCUGUGAAAGGUCUUGCUAGAAUUGUGUCUACUAAUGAUUCAAAAUUAUUAGUUGACAUUACAUUGAAUGGAUUACCAAAAGGUGUUUAUUAUCCAAGUUUUAGAAAAAGUGGAAACAUUUCAAAAGGUGCUUCAAGUACAGGUGAUUUAUUUUAUGAAUUCCCACCAAUUAAAGUUGAAGAAGCUAGUGAUUUACCAAAUUUAUUUUCAGGCCAAAAUUUUGCCAGUGCAAAUUUACAAAUUGGUGAUUUGAUUGGUCGUAGUAUGGUUGUUAGUUCUGAAAAAGAUUCCAUUACACCAAAUUCAUUAGCUGGUGUUAUUGCUAGAAGUGCAGGUGUUUGGGAAAAUGAUAAACAAGUUUGUAGUUGUAGUGGGAAGACUGUUUGGCAAGAACGUCAAGAUGCAAACAAACAAGGUCUUCAUAUUUGAGAUGAGGUAAUGAGAUAUAUUC